AUGCGCUUGCUCAAUUGUGUGCUCACGAUUUCGGCGGGGUUUGUUGCAGGAAUCGCUGGAUCAACAACCACCGGAGGUGAUCCGUCUAACGUUGCUACGCGCGCUACAUCCUCUACGUCCGCUCACACGAACGGAACCCUGUUCGUCGCAUCAUCGCCUGGGAGACUACACGGGCAUGUCAUUUCCAAGAUCAAGCAAGAAGACCAGCUUGACGAGGAGAGGACCCUGUCGUCGCCAAGUGAAGCUCUCGCCACGUUGUUCGGCCGCUCCACGACUGAAAAGCUCAUGGAAAGUGUCGGCCAGCGCGUGGAAGAGGAGGGGCUCAUCAACAACGGGAAGGUCGCCAACCUAGAGGAGUUUGCGGUGCUGCUAGGUGGCGUAUAUCGACCUCUGGACACUACCCAUUGGAACUAUGGCAAGGUGGUCGAGGUUCUGACUAAGUCGAAGAUCAACAAGGGCCUUGUCCCUUUUCAGCCUGAAGAAUUGGCAGAAGCUUUUCAUUCGCUUCGAAAAGCUCCUGACAUGAUGGAGCACGCUGAUCGCUUGCAAGGGAUUCUGGCUUACAAGAAUCCAGACCUACUUGAGAACGAAAAACUGUUUCGUCUAUGGACUGCGGGUGGUGAUGCCUUGGCCCCGGAAGAUGUUUUCAAGAUUUUGACGUCCGGCUUUCGCUACAAAGCUCCUGAUGUCACUCUGCCGUUCGAACGUAAGCGUAUGGUGAGAAUAGAUAACCACGUUGUCAAACCGUUGCAGCGAUACAUCGAGAGCUACCGAAAAGCUAAACACGACUACAGCAAGGACAAAGAAACAGAGCUGCUUAGUGUGUUUACUAAGUAUCCUGGCUUCACGUUUGGUCUGAGAGCGGAUGAGAAGACGCCGAAACAUGGGACCAACGAAUGA